CUGCCUCGUUUUCUCCCUUAUUUCUAUGACUGUUUCUCUCUCUCUCUCUCUCUCUAUACAUACACACAAAAACCUGUCUGUAUGUAUCAUGCACACGAGAACACACAGUGAGUGUGUAUCUGCGUGUUAAUUGACUUGAACAGGCUUUGGAAUUUCUUGUUUCUUCUUCGUUGGUGGAACUUUUUGUACGCUUCGUGCAGGUCGAGGAGGUUUUUUUUUUUGGGAGGAAAGAUGGUGGUGGAUACGGCUAUGGAGUUUCUGCUGCCGUCUUGGUGGGAGGUGCAAGUCACUUUGGCUGCGGCGGUUUUUGUGUUGGUGGCUUACUGGUUCUUCACUCUCGGUGGCGAUGGGUGUGGCUGCGGAGGCGGCUAUGAUCGGGCGUUCGGGGAUGGCUUGGGCGGCGGUGCGGAUAUGAUUAACGACAAAGAUAAGAUGGGCCAGUUUAAGAUGGAUCCUCAAACUAAUUCUGCGUACUUAAUUAAGGUGGAGCUGUUAGCAGCAAAGAAUCUUAUUGGGGCAAAUUUAAAUGGCACAUCAGAUCCUUAUGCAAUUAUCACUUGUGGUUCAGAAAAGCGCUUCAGUUCUAUGGUUCCGGGCUCAAGAAAUCCCAUGUGGGGGGAGGAGUUCAAUUUUUCUGUUGAUGAGCUUCCUGUGGAGAUAAUUGUGACAAUAUAUGAUUGGGAUAUAAUUUGGAAAAGUGCUGUUCUUGGUUCAGUGAGGAUCCCUGUUGAACAUGAAGGUCAUACUGGUGCUGUAUGGUAUACAUUGGACAGUCCAUCAGGGCAGGUCUGUCUUCAUAUUAAAACACACAAACUCCAGAGGAAUUCGUCCAGGGAUUUGAAUGGCUAUGCUGGUGCUAAUUCUCGAAGAAGGCCUUUAGACAAACAAGGACCAACAGUUGUUCAUCAGAAACCCGGGCCACUACAAACAAUUUUUAAUCUUCUCCCUGAUGAGAUUGUUGAGCACAGCUAUUCAUGUGCACUUGAAAGAUCGUUUUUGUAUCACGGUCGGAUGUAUGUAUCAGCAUGGCAUAUCUGCUUCCACUCUAACGUUUUCUCAAAGCAAAUGAAGGUAACUAUACCUUUUGGAGACAUAGAUGAGAUAAAGAGGAGCCAACAUGCAUUCAUAAAUCCAGCUAUUACAAUAAUUCUUCGGAUGGGUGCUGGGGGACAUGGUGUGCCUCCUUUAGGAAAUCCUGAUGGUAGAGUCAGAUACAAAUUUGCUUCAUUCUGGAACAGAAAUCAUGCACUGAGAGGUUUACAACGUGCAGCAAGGAACUAUCAUGACAUGCUUGAAGCUGAGAAGAAGGAGAAGGAACAGUCUGCAUUGCGUGCGCAUAGUAGCUCUAUCAGAGGCAGUAGAAGGCAAUCUAAGAUUUCUGAGGAGAGCGCUGUCAAGACUGAAAAGUACCUACCGUUCAUCAAGGAAGAAGUGCUUUCUGAAAUUUAUCAUGACGUUUUUCCGUGCACGGUGGAGCAAUUUUUCAAAUUUUUGUUAGAAGAUGGUUCAACCUUCAUAAAUGAGUAUCGUAGUGUCCGAAAGGAUACUAACCUCGUAAUAGGUCAGUGGCAUGCUGCUGAUGAAUAUGAGGGUCAAGUCAGAGAAAUUACUUUUAGAUCCUUGUGCAACAGUCCAAUGUGUCCUCCAGAUACAGCAAUGACUGAGUGGCAACAUGCUGUUCUGUCAGCGGAUAAGAAAACACUGGUGUUUGAGACUGUACAACAGGCACAUGAUGUACCAUUCGGAUCAUAUUUUGAGAUUCAUUGCAGGUGGUCAUUGGAGUCAAACUCUUCUUCGUGCACCUUGAAUAUUAAAGUUGGUGCCCAUUUCAAGAAAUGGUGUGUGAUGCAAUCCAAGAUCAAAUCAGGUGCUAUCAAUGAGUAUAAAAAAGAGGUGGAGAUAAUGUUAGAUAUAGCACGCUCAUAUAUCCAGUCGAAGACAGCUAGUAGUGAAAUUGAAAAUGUAGGAUCACCUCCUGUCGCUCAAGAAAGUAGAUAAACUGGUAUGCAAGUCUUCAAUCUGUUCCCCACAGUCACUGGCUUCAAGUUGCUCACAGUUUUGCAUCUGGUGUUUGUAGUAUUGGACUUUAUUCGACAGCUGAGGUCACUUGUCAAUUAUAAAUCCGUUUUCAAUUUCCGUUUCCUGUGCUUAUUUGCACCCUAUUUUCUUGCAAGAGAUGAAAGUGGUGCGCUCAAAACUAUGUGGGUUACAGUUAAGUUAUAGUGUAGACAUAUGAACCUCUCUUUUUUCCAAGUAAAUAUGGCUCCAUCUUCUUGAAACCAAGCAUUUGUAUCCUAAUAUGGUGUUCCUUCCCUUUCUGUUGGAGACGUACUAGUUAUCCAUCAAACGUGGCUGUUGACUGUACAUUAUCCUGUAAUUUUGAAAGGUAAUAAAUUUAUUCUACAUCAA